AUGGUUACGGUCAACUUACCUGAGCAGGUUCAAGCCCACCUGAGCAAGUUCCCAAGUUUCUCGCCUUUCAACAUUGCUAUCACCUCUCUCUGCCUAAUCGUGAUAUACAUCUUCUGCAGAAGCUUCUACUACCUCUACCUCAGCCCCCUACGCCACUAUCCAGGCCCCAAGCUCUGGGCCAUCUCUCGCUUGCCAUGGAAUUACGUUAACAUGAAAGGCCGCAUCUCCUGGCGUAUCCACGAGCUCCACGAACAAUACGGCCCGGUCGUCCGCAUCGCGCCCGACGAGCUCUCCUACACGAGCUCCACGGCUUGGAAGAAGAUUUACGGACAGCGCGCGCCCAGCGAGUUCCCAAAGGCCCUUGACGGCCGCGGUAUCGCGCCGCCGACCAUGGGAGGUCGCAAGACGCUGAUGACGGAGGAUCAGGCGGGACACGCGAAGCUCAGGCGCGCUAUCAACCCGGCGUUUUCUGAGCGCGCGUUGCGUGAACAGGAGUACUACUUUCAGAAUUAUACGGAUACUCUCGUAAGCCAACUCAAGAAGGUUUGCAAAGAGGGUGCCGUGGACAUCUCUACCUGGUUUAAUCUUCUCGCUUUCGACAUUCUCAAUGAUCUCGCCUUCGGCACUUCUGAAAAUUGCCUCAACAACGCCGACCAGCCCUGGCUCCGCCUCAUCAACACGCGCGCAAAAGCCUACGUCUGGAUCCAACUGACAGUCCAAUACGGCGUCUUCGACCUCCUGACCUGGAUCGCGCCGCGCCGCGUGACCGAGUCCCGCCGCAAGCACAUCGCCAUGACGGCGGCCAAGGUCCGACAGCGGAUCGAGGCCAAGAACCCGGGCAAGGACUUCAUGUCUUACAUCCUCGAAAACACGGAGGAGAAGCUCACCAACAUCGAACUGACGAUGCUGGCGGGCACCUUCAUUGUCGCCGGUAGCGGUACCACCGCCGGCGGUAUGUCUGGCCUCACGUACCUGCUGCUUCACAACCCGGAGAAGCUCGAAAAGGUAAAGGCGGAGAUUCGCGGCAAGUUUAGCACGCACGAGGAGAUCACGAUGGUUGCUGCGCAGAAUUGUAGGUACCUUCGCGCGUGUAUCGACGAGGGCAUGCGGUUGUACCCUCCCACGCCCGGCUCCCUGCCUCGAUGGGUUCCGGGGGAGGGCGAGGUGAUUGAUGGCGGAUGGGUUCCUGGCGGCUAUGCUGUUGCGGUGAACCAGUUUGCGGCGGGACACUCUGAGCAUAACUUCCGCCGGGCUAAAGAGUUCAUUCCUGAGAGAUGGCUUGAGCUGGGCCCUGGGUCCGAGUUCGCAAACGAUGACCGGGCGGCAGUCCAGCCGUUCUCCUAUGGACAACACAUUUGUAUUGGAAGAGCGAUGGCUUACGCCGAGAUGAGCCUGACUAUGGCAAAGAUGAUUUGGAACUUCGACUUUGAACUCGAGAAUCCUGCUGAAGAUUGGUGGAGUAAGCAAGGAACGUAUAUCAUGUGGGAGAAGACUCCUUUGAUGAUUAAGUUACGCCCUAGAAUAGUUGCUUGA